GCGUUCAGUCUUCUUUCGAGCUUCGCAGCGUCCACACCGCUCCCUCCACUACUCGAUUCGAUCCGAACUAGUACGCUCCGAACCGAUAUAGUCUCGCAUUAAUUCGCGUGUGCGAGAGUUUGAUACCAAUAUUGCAAGUGUUUUAAUUGAGGAGAAUACCAAGCAAUACUCAAGAAAGAUGACGGUGGAUCUAUCGCCAGUGCAGGAAUACUAUAAGGAUAAGACGAUAUUCAUCACUGGAGCGUCUGGGUUCAUGGGCAAGGUUCUGCUGGAGAAGUUGCUCUACUCCUGCCACUCCCUCAAGGAGGUGAUCAUCAUCUGCCGCCCGAAGCGCGGCAAGGCACCCGAGACGCGUCUCGAGGAGAUGUUCAAGCUGCCCAUCUUCCAGCGCAUCAAGGACGAGCGCCCGGAGAUGCUCAAGAGGGUUACCAUCUACCAGGGCGACGUCACCUUCGACCAGCUCGGGCUCAGCGGGGAGAGCUUGAAGCACGUGACCGAGAACACUAACAUUGUUUUCCACAUGGCGGCCACCCUUAAGCUGGAGGGCAACCUUCGGGACGCCAUCGAUAUGAACUUGCUAGGCACCCGGCGAGCGCUCAACGUGGCCAAGGAAAUGAAGCAGCUGGAGGCCUUCAUCCACUUGUCCACGGCUUUUUGCAACUGCGACCAGGAUGUGAUGUAUGAGAAGGUGUACGAGUUUCCACACAAGCCGGAGGAUCUUAUGCGCCUGGCCGAGUGGAUGGACGUGAAGACCCUGGACGCCAUUACGCCGGAUUUGCUAAAGCCGCACCCCAACACAUACACCUACUCAAAGCGUCUGGCGGAGCUUCUGGUGCGCGACCACUACGAGUCCAUGCCCGUCAUCAUCGCACGUCCCAGCAUCGUGUCGCCGGCUGCCUACGAGCCGUUGCCCGGAUGGGUGGACAACCUGAAUGGACCGACUGGCCUGAUGAUCGGAUGCGGCAAGGGCGUGAUCCGGUCCGUUCUGGUGAAUCAGCAGAACAAGGCCGAGGUGAUUCCCGUCGACUACGCUAUCAACGGGCUGAUCGUCAUUCCCUACGAGUUCAACAAGCAGGCCAAGCGGCCUACCAAUGUGCCCGUUUAUAAUAUAACCAAUGCGGACCACAGGAAGAUGACCAUGGGCACCGUUGUGGAGAUGAGCAAACGCAUCAACAAGCAGUUCCCAUUUAACGCGGGUCUAUGGUACCCGGACCCUUGCGUUACCACCAACCAAUUAUACCACAACUUCAACGUGGCUCUGUUUCAUUGGUUGCCCGCUUACUUCCUGGACUUCCUGAUGCUGAUAUUAGGUCAGAAGCGAUUCAUGUUGAGAGUUCAGGAGAAGAUAUCCACAGGUCUGGGCGUCCUCCAGUUCUUUACCCUCAAUGCCUGGUGCUUCCGAUCUGAUAACUACGCCUCCCUCUGGAACAAACUCAACGAGGAAGACAAGGCGAUUUUUAACAUGAACAUGAACACGGAGAACACCGAGGAGGAGUACAUGAUUGAGUGUGCUAAGGGCGCUCGAAAGUUUAUCCUCAAGGAAAAGGAGGAGGAUCUGCCCACUGCGCGCGUGCACAUGAAGAUCCAACGAGUCGUAGACGUUGUGUGCAAGACGGUGAUUGUGGGACUGUUCUUCUACUACCUCCUUAAGUGGACGGGGGUGCUGGCUAUAUUCUGAUUCUAGUUCUCCGUGGACUUGCAUUGGUUUGGUGGUCACAGGCAUUUAUUUAGUCAAUUAGCUUAGUUGUAGUUACGCAUAUUCGAGGUUUUGAAUCCAAAUAAAUAUGAUUGUAGGUUGUUGAAUAUACACAUUUCGCCAACUGCGCCGUGUUUCUCUUUCCCAAUCCAGUCACUAAAGCAGACUUUGUGUCUAACCAUACUGACCUGUACUUUGUUCUCCAGUAACUCCAGCUGUCGCUGAGCCUCUGCCAGGUUGGGUGGACAAUAUGAACGGACCUACGGGAGUUCUCAUUGGCGCCGGCAAAGGAGUUAUCCGAUCCAUGAUCUGCAACGGGGAGCUAAAAUCUGAAGUGAUACCUGUGGACAUCGCCAUUAACGGUCUUAUCUUAUUACCAUAUCAUAACAGUCUUGCGGAGAAGAGACCUCUUCAGAUCCCAGUCUACAACUUGACCGUGGACGAUGCCAAAAAGCGCACAUGGAAAUGGAUAAUGGAUGUGGGUCGCGACUUGGGCAUUAAGUACCCCUUCGAAGUGGGACUCUGGUAUCCCGACGGCAACAUGACGUCCAGCAAAUUCUAUCACACCAUCUGUACCAUUCUGUUUAUGUGGCUGCCAGCCUACCUUAUCGACUUCCUACUCCUGAUCUUUGGACAACGUCGCUUCAUGAUUCGGGUUCAAACCAAAAUCGCUGUGGGUUUGGAAGUUUUGCAGUUCUUUACCACGCGAAGCUGGGACUUUAAAUCCACACACUUCGAGCAGAUCUACAAGGAAUUAGGAUCCACAGAUCGGAGGAUAUUUAAGAUUAACACCGACGAUGUCGACGAUUAUGAGUACAUGAAAGUCAGUAUUUUGGGUGGCCGUCAGUAUGUGAUGAAGGAACCUUUAACUUCGUUGCCGAAAUCACGCAUACAAUUGAGAUUCAUGUAUGUCCUGGACCGUAUUUGCAAAACGAUGAUAAUUUCAGGCCUUCUAUAUUGGGUUUCCCAAAAACUGAGAGUAGUUGACCUAUUUAGAAGCGUAUUCCAUUCUAGUACAUAACAUUCUUCUUCAGUUGCUUUUUUAACAUUUUGUACCUUUUAUUUCAUGUGCCUUUGAAAGGGUUUGUAAGAAAAUCUUGUUAAAAAUAUUCAGGUGUUUUGUAUACGUAAACUUGUUAUUGCAAGUCGUUGAUAAUAAAAAUUUUUAAACAUU